AUGUAUUCCCCUGCCAACGAUACCAGCGGAUCGGAGCUGAGCCCUCGAGAGAUCGAGGUCCUCAUCACCAUCGAGCGGACUGGCGCAGGCCUCUCGAUGGUGGCCAUCACCCUCACUCUGGUGUCUUUCUUCCUGAUCAAGAAACUCCGAACCACUCCAAACAUGUUCAUCGUCCUGGCUUCGAUUGCAAAUGCUGGUGCGAGCAUCGCUUCCAUGAUUGGCUACGAUGGCCUCGACAAGGGCGAAAGCUCUGCUCUCUGCCAGGGUCAAGGCUUCAUCUUCGAAUGGUUCAUGCAAUCUGAUCCCUGGUGGUCGUUUGCCAUGGCGUUCAAUGUGUUUCUCGUCUUCUUCUUCAACGCUAAUCCCGCUACUUUUCGGAAGCGCAUCUGGAUUUACUGCAUCAUCUGCUUCGGCGGCCCUCUGGUGCCUGCCGUCGUCUUAGUUUCCAUCCACGACGAUGCAAAGGGUCCCGUCUUUGGGAAUGCAGCACUUUGGUGCUGGGUUGAUUCAAACUGGAGUCUAGUACGCCUUUACGCCUACUACAUCCCCAUAUGGAUCUGCAUCUUUGGAUCAAUCAUCAUCUACGUCGCCGUGGGAUAUCACGUAUUCCGCAACCGGAACCGCCUUCGCAACUUUGCAGUCCGCAUCCCAAUCACAGCUAAGAGAAGUGAUGGUGGAGCCAGCGAAGCUGGAGAUUCAACUGAAGAGAGCCUCACCCGGAGACAAGAUUACUAUGGCACUGCAACCACUGAAGUCCAGGUCACAUCAAACACGCCCGACAAUGAUGACUUCUCUCUUCCCAUGAUCCCUCCUGCCAUUUACUCUCACGGCCCUGCUAUUGUGUCAUGCGGCCGAUCGUGGGCAGUACCUCAAGCAGGGAGUUAUUAUGGUCAAAGCAUUGAGAGAUUCCCCCGACCGAGCGAAGCUCUUCCUCCUGCACGGCCACACUUUGCGCAUUCAGUAUUCUCGUACCUGAAGAAUAUAAAGUCGAGUGCUUCCAUGAAACUGAAGCGACUUGAUCCUGUCAAGAUGGCCUACUUACGCACCAGCUUCAUCUUUGGUUUUGCUAUUUUGAUCACCUGGAUUCCAAGUUCUGUCAACCGGCUCUACAGCCUUACGUAUGAUGGCCGCGUUGACUUCCAGCUCAGUAUUGCUAGCGGGUGUGUUUUGCCGUUGCAGGGGGUUUGGAAUGCCUUGAUCUACUUCACCACGAGCUAG